AUGGUAUUGGAAGAAAAGAAGUCUGUUCUUGGGGAAGAAGUUGCAAGUAGUGAGAAUGAAGAGUAUAACGAGGAGGAAGAUGAAGAUUUUGAUCCAUCUAAGGUGACAGAGGAAGGUGAAGAUCUUAAAGAUGACGGCGAGGACAAUGAUGAGGAAGCUUAUGUGGACGAUAAGGAGCUAGAGAAAACGAAUAACUAUGCCAGUAUAGAGAGUGAGAGUGGAGGGUUAGUCAAGACGAGAAGGGCGAGACAAGUUGAAAAUGAAUUGAAGAGGAAACGGAAAUAUGAAGAGUUACAAGUUACUUCCAUUCCGGAGUCGAUCAAUAAAGUUUGGGAGGAAUUAAAUGACGCUGGUCGUAAACGACUUUCCACCACUGAUAGUACUGGUAGGAAGAUAGGAUCGAGUUCUGUGCUGGCAGGAAACGAGGAGGGAUUAACGAAUGCUAAUGAACCUGAAGACAAAGAUACUGAUAAUCAAAUAUUAAUAGAGAGAACAUAUAAAUUUGCAGGAGAAACCAUCAAAGAGAAGAAAUAUGUCUCUAAGUUUAGUGCAGAGGGCCAAGAAUAUUUGAAUAAUUUGAAGUUUCAAGAACAGAAAAAGGAAACAACCACCACUAAACGGCAGACGACUGAAGUGGAGGAUAGUGGAGUUGAUCGUACAAAAUCCAACAUACCUGACGGAAUAAAAUUGAGAAGACCUCUAAAGAGACCGCCGAUCUUGGAACAAAUUAUAUCGGGGGCUUUAAAACCGAAGUUAACCACUUUAGAAAAAUCCAAACUGGAUUGGGCAAGCUAUGUUGAUAAGGAAGGUAUUAAUGACGAAUUAAGAUUGUUCAAUAAAGAUGGUUACUUAGCUAAGCAAGAUUUCCUAAAUCGUGUGGAAACGAAAAAGGAUCAACAAUACAAGGAAUUAAGACAAAAGCAAUUACAGAUGCAGCUGAAUGAUACUCAGAAUGGGUAG